AUGUUCAAAACCGGUAGACCUUCUUCCAACAAACCACAACAAAAAUACAUACACAAACCCAGAAGAGGAAAUGGGGAAACCACACCAAUAGAAUUGAAUUAUGCUAGAAAUUCUUCAAGUAAUUACAAGCAUGAAAAGAACAGGCAGAAAGGAAAUUGUUUUAAGUGCGGGUUACCAAGAUAUUAUACAAAAAAUUGUAAAUCCAAAAAUAAAUCUAAACUUACCAAUAUAGAAGAGAAAGCAAAACCAACUUCACAUAAUAUUACAAACAAUAGUUUGAAAUUAACACAAGUGGAAGAAAAUCAUAAACAAUUGUUAAGGUUUAAAACAAUUGAAGUCCAAGCAGACCCCCAGAAUAUAUAUAAAGAACAUAAUUGUAAUUCGGUAUUCAUCUCUUGGCAACAAUUAGCUAAAGUACCUAGUAGUGAAGAAAUUUAUACUAUACAUGUUAAUAAAAAAGAUAAUAGAAACACCAGCCACCCACCACCCGAAGUUCAAAAGAUUCUCCAAGACUUUAAAGAAAUUUUCCCUGAAACCUUACCAGACUACCUGCAUUUAGAACAAAAUAUCGACCAUACUAUUAACCUUGCAUCAGAUAAAUGGAAAGGUAUACUUAAAGGAAGAAUCAAGAUUGGCAAUUCUAGCAAACAAGGAGUUAAGAACACAACUACUUUAUGA